UUCUUUUUUCUUGGUUCAUUGUCCUCCGGAUCCAGUGUGUUCCGUCCCAUCUAGGCCAGCUGUUGCCUGAUCAGGAUUAGGGGCCGUGUCAUGCCCAAACAGGCCAAGUGCCCUACAGGUUGUUGUACGAGGGAUAACCCUUUUGGGCCAGUUCUUUGUCUGGCGGAUCCAACGAGGGCGAUGGCCACCUCAGGCUGUUAACUCUUUGAAGAUUAGAGCUGGUGUCCAUCAUGGGCGAGAAUCCAAUGGACCCUGGAGCGGGUCAAGGCUCCGCAACCCUUCUUUAUUCGCGGUCACCCCCGUGUUCGUCCAACGUCCCGGCCAAUAGACAAUGUCCUCCACACGCCACAAUGCAUCGGCCACUUCGUCUGAAAGAAAACGCUUGCGCGAUAGACGAGCGCAACAAAAUCUCCGAGAGAAGCGGGAGAACCGCAUGAGAGCGUUAGAGGAGCGGGUGGCCUAUUGCGACAAGAAUCAUGGCAAUGAAUUGAUCCGGAAUUGUAUGCACACCGUCGACUGCGUGAGACGAGAGAACGAGCUUCUUCAUGCUCGACAGGAACACCUUCGUCGCCUGUUCCAGGACUGGGAGGUUCAAGGCAACAGCGCAACGGGGGUACAUCGAACCCUUUCUUCUACGUCGAUGACGACCAAUUCUUUCUCAGCACCAUGGGCCCUGACGACAUCGGCUGGUAGCCCACGAAGUGACAUAACAUUGGUCGAUCCGGGAAUGCAGAAUCUCUCCGGCUGGACCGUCAAUGGCACAGAUUCUGCAGGUCUCAGGUCAACUACCGACGGCCUCACAGCUCCAUUGAUGAUGAGCACGUGGCCCGUGGGGUCAGAGACUCGCAGUUCACCCUCACCAAUUAUCGACAUACCUCUGAUGCCCAGCAUGCACCCCACACCAGGGCCAGACAUGUAUCCCCUGAUGACCCACAAGGAUUACACUCAGAUGGCUGCCAAUAGUGGGAAUUGGUCUGGGUGGUCCGCUCUGUCCGACACCGUCCACAAGCUACCUCUGCUACCAUCUCCGUUCGACCUCCUGCAUGGCUCCAGACGUAACUGGCUGGCAGAUCAGAUCAACCGACUGCUUCGGCGGUUGAGCCUCCGAGAACCUGACCGUCUGGCAUUAAGCUGGACUAUGUAUUCUUUUGUUAGAUGGCGGGCCAACCCGACCCCGCUCACGUUUGCUAACAUGCCAUCAUUUCUACAACCCGUGGCAGGACAGGUACGGCAGCAUCAACACCCAGAAUUUGUUUUCUUUUUGUGGCCCCAGCUGCGGGUCAACUAUCUGGAAAGUCGAUCUGCAAUUGAUCUUAUAGAGGUCUAUAGAUAUGGGAUCAGCUCAUGUAGAGUGCGGUGGCCGUCCUCCGUGAGCAUCUGGGAUUGGGAUGAUGACGAGAACAUGUUUGUGAAGCCUGAAUUCUUCGAGACCUUCCUAGACCGCAGUGGCUGGGGGCUAACGUCGGUCUUCAUCGACAAAUACCCAGAGCUGGUGAAAGGGAUGGACGUGGAAGGUCUUCGGUACGACGUUCCGUAGACUAUCUCUUUCAGGUCGGAAGCAGGCAUGAUGAUCCGAUACAAUCAGUAUCUUAAUGAAACAGAAGCUCCAGAUUGCACAUCCAGAGAAAUCAUCCAUUUUCUCGCAUUUGAUCACUCGCAAUUCAGAUUCCAGAGGAUCCUGUUGGUCGGUUGGCUUGGUUAACUCGGCCUUAUGCACGGCACUGAAUCAGCGUCGUAUCUUUUCUUUGACACCCGGCAGCCUCGUUUUUCUUAACACACGAUGAUUGGCUCUGCGUGCCAGCUUGCGGAAAGUUGAAUCAGCGUGGGAUAAGCUUCUGGCCUUGUCUUUCUGACCAGCUAUCUUAAUUUAUCUGUGCUUCAACUUGGCGAGGAGUAUUAGUGUUUAGAUCGUUAAUUGAUGUACAGAUGCAGUCUGCACAGACUUAUUCUUUCAUAUGUGAGGUUGUAUAGUUCGUUGAUUCUUUAUUUGUUAUUUGUCCAAUCUAUGCUUCUUU